AAUGUUGCUCCAACGGAGGGACGGGAGGGCUCGGAAAUGGUUGAAGGGGUCGGCUUGCAGCCGGCGUCCGCCAGAGAGCGCGUUGGGGGCGGAUCGCGGGGUGGUGGCCCCCGGGGGAGUGGAAGGCCCGGUUCCCACCCGGAACUGGAGCGGCCCUGGGCUGCAGGUUGACCCGCCCGGGUUUGUGUGUCUGUGCCGGUGCAGGGAGACAUGGACAACUGGUUGGUGGCGGCCGCGCUGAACGGGAUGGACCGACGGAGCCUGCAGCGCUCUGCGAGGCUGGGUCGAGAAGUGCUGGAGCGCGCCAAGAGACGGGCGGUGAACUGGCAUUCGCGGGAGCUGUCCGCGGGCAGUUUGGGGGUCCUUUCCCGCGAGCGGCCCCACCGAGAGAGCCGGCCCGCAGCCGCCUCCCAGCGCCCUCUCGCCCGAGAGAGGGAAGAACGACGCCCAACCCUCAGUGCUUCCUUCAGAACAAUGGCUGAAUUCAUGGACUAUACUUCGAGCCAGUGCGGCAAAUAUUAUUCAUCCGUGCCAGAAGAAGGAGGGGCAACCCAUGUCCACCGUUAUCACAGAGGGAAGUCAGAGGUGCACAAGUGUUCAGACAUAAGGAAUAGUCAUCAGAGAAAAGUCACAUCUUUUGACCUUGGGAACAUCUAUCAACCAUCUGAGUAUGCUUCUGAGGCAUCCCAGCCUACUGAGACCAUCUCUAAGGACCUCUACAUAGAAGUAUAUCCAGGGACCUACUCUGUCACCGUGUGUUCAAAAGGCUUAACUGGGAAGACUCACGUGGUGGCAGUGGACUCAGGCCAGAGUGUGGACUUGGUCUUCCCCGCCUGACGUUGCUAAUCAGAGCCGUCCUGUUACCUGUUUUCAAGUAGCAAUAAUAACCUCCUGUUCUGCUCUUCCUUACAUGGUAAUCCUGCUUAGUGCCGACUCUUGACGGUCAGCCUUCCUGAGAAUGGAGUCUUGUCUUUGUCAAAAGUGCCUAUUUUAACUUAAAAGUGUAGAAGUUACCCCCAUCCUUCUUGUCCAAAAGUAAUAAUGUAAUGAUACUGUUUGUGCAGUUCUCACUGCUUGCUUUUUAAGGAAAGGUUAAUUAUGAUAAUAAAGGGAGAGAUUUGGAAAUGA